ACGCAUGCGCAGACUGACACAGCUCUGACAACAAGCUAUCGGAUGUGAACCUCUGAUGAUAUGGGCGCUACGCUGGCAUUUAAAUUCUUCGGAUAACCUUGUGUCUCAUGAACAAAGCCUUACAAACAUUUCACUGUCAUUACACACAUAUUAUAAUCUCCUCUCUGCAUUCCCACUAUGCCGAGCAAUAAGCUUGAGAAACAGGAGGUCAGUGAUAAUGUCAAGGUGGUGGUGAGAUGUCGUCCACUCAACCAGAAAGAGAAGAUGAUGGGCCACAAACAGGCCGUCAUUGUGGACGAGAUCCGUGGGACCAUAACAGUCAACAAGCUGGAGACUCCUCAGGAGCCUCCUAAGACCUUCACCUUUGACACCGUGUUUGGACCAGACAGCAAACAGCUGGACGUCUAUAAUCUCACAGCCCGCCCCAUCAUCGACUCAGUAUUAGAGGGUUACAAUGGCACCAUUUUCGCAUAUGGGCAAACUGGCACAGGAAAAACAUUCACCAUGGAGGGUGUGAGAGCAGUGCCAGAACUCAGAGGGAUUAUUCCAAACUCCUUUGCUCAUAUUUUUGGUCACAUUGCCAAGGCGGAGGGUGACACCAGGUUUUUGGUUCGUGUUUCAUACCUGGAGAUUUACAACGAGGAGGUGCGGGACUUGUUGGGCAAGGACCAGAUGCAGAGGCUCGAGGUAAAAGAAAGACCAGAUGUUGGCGUGUAUAUCAAAGACCUCUCUGGUUACGUCGUGAAUAAUGCUGACGACAUGGACAGGAUUAUGACUCUGGGUCACAAAAACCGGUCUGUUGGUGCCACAAACAUGAAUGAACACAGCUCUCGCUCUCAUGCUAUCUUCACUAUCACUAUCGAGUGUAGCGAAAAAGGUGUGGAUGGAAACCAGCAUGUACGCAUGGGAAAACUUCAUCUGGUUGACCUGGCAGGCUCAGAGAGGCAGGGCAAGACUGGAGCCACAGGUCAACGUUUAAAGGAAGCAACAAAGAUCAAUCUCUCUCUCUCUACACUGGGUAAUGUCAUCUCUGCACUAGUGGAUGGCAAGAGCACACAUGUUCCCUACAGGAACUCCAAACUAACCCGUCUGCUGCAGGAUUCACUCGGAGGAAAUUCUAAAACCAUGAUGUGUGCAAAUAUAGGCCCUGCAGACUAUAACUAUGAUGAGACCAUCAGUACCCUUCGCUACGCCAAUAGGGCUAAAAACAUCAAGAACAAAGCCAGGAUCAAUGAGGAUCCUAAGGAUGCUCUGCUGCGCCAGUUUCAGAAGGAGAUUGAGGAGCUUAAGAAGAAACUGGAGGAAGGUGAAGAGAUCUCUGGCUCAGAGGGAAGUGGAUCAGAAGAGAUGGAUGAAGGUGAUGAUGAAGGAGGAGAAGCAGGAGAGGGCCGCAGGAGAAGAAGAGAAGAAAGAGGGAGGAAGAAGGUGUCUCCAGACAAGAUGGUGGAGAUGCAGGCGAAGAUUGAAGAGGAAAGAAAGGCUCUGGAGGCCAAGCUUGACAUGGAGGAGGAGGAGAGGAACAAGGCAAGAGCAGAGCUGGAAAAACGGGAGAAGGACCUGCUUAAAGCCCAGCAGGAGCAUCACCUUCUGCUGGAGAAACUGUCGGCCUUAGAGAAGAAGGUGAUCGUGGGAGGGGUGGACCUCUUGGCCAAGGCUGAGGAGCAGGAGAAACUCUUGCAGGAGUCCAACAAUGAACUCGAAGAACGUCGCAGGAGAGCGGAGCAGCUGCGGAAGGAGCUGGAGGAGAAGGAGCAAGAACGUCUGGAUAUAGAAGAGAAAUACACUAGCCUGCAGGAGGAGGCUCAAGGAAAGACCAAGAAGCUGAAGAAAGUAUGGACCAUGCUGAUGGCUGCCAAAUCAGAAAUGGCAGAUCUACAGCAAGAGCAUCACAGAGAGAUCGAAGGCCUCCUGGAGAACAUCCGCCAGCUGAGUCGAGAGCUCCGCCUCCAGAUGCUCAUUAUAGACAACUUUAUUCCCCAGGAAUACCAGGAGAUGAUAGAGAAUUAUGUACACUGGAAUGAAGACAUUGGAGAAUGGCAACUGAAAUGUGUGGCAUACACUGGCAACAAUAUGAGAAAACAGACCCCUGCUCCAGACAAAAAAGAAAAAGAUCCAUUUGAGGUGGAUCUGUCCCAUGUGUAUCUUGCCUACACAGAGGAGAGCAUGCGGCAGUCACUGAUGAAACUAGAGAGGCCCAGAACCUCUAAAAGUAGCAAGAGUGGCCGACCCAAGACUGGUCGAAGGAAAAGAUCUGCAAAGCCAGACGCUGUGAUCGAAUCCCUUCUGCAGUGAAGACAGCGAAGAGGAGGGCUAUGUUUCACCACAACGUUCAUGUUAUUUUUCAAAAAGAAGACAUUAGUUGAGUUUAAAGAAGUUAUCGUCAAACUUUAUUUAAAAGAUUCUCUCAACGCACUGUAAAGCUAACAAGGUUUUAAAUUUGAAUGUGCUGUGGUUCAGAGAGCACUCAUACUGGAAUUAAGACCUCUUGGCCAAGGGGGCCUGUUAUUUGUGUAAGACUUCUUUGAGGAACACGUUUCAGUGGCAGCAGCCUCUGUUUAAAUUACACUCAUCUGUCUAAGCACCACUAUCUUUAAGGAGGAAAUCUACCAUAAACAUAUUUCACUUGAAACAUCAGUAGUUUGGAAAAUGACCAACAAUCUGAAAGAAGCUACAGAUUUAACAGGAUGCUGAAAACAGAACUGUGCACAUGAGAACUGCACUCAUAUCUUAUGAAAUUUGUUGUGCGAUGAACACCACACAGAUGAAGUCUUAACUUCUGUUUUAUUCUUAGUUCCUGCCCAUGGCCCGCACUGAUAUGAACACAUUGUAACUGAAUUCUAAUCAAGUCUGCAUUUCGCUUCAAUUAAGGCAAAUUAUUCCUCUCUAAGCAUUAGCUGUAGCCUUAGUGUUUCGAAUCUAUUGAAUACAUGAAAUCAGUAACAGGCAGAGAAACAGAAGUAAACACUAAUGUUGGAGGAGAGGAGAGUAUGUAGUAUCAAGUAUGUAACUGAAAAGUGCGCUUUAUACUUUUUCCUCUAGGUCAGAAGCAUAGGGGCAUGCAUGCCGGCCAGCUCUUAUGUUAGUCAUGCAAGUCAUCUUUUCAUUUCAAAUGUGAGAACACUGUUAUAUUGAGAAACACCAUACAUACUGUAUGCCUUAGUGUAAUACCCUAGUAUGAGAUUUCUGUGGAGAUGAUUUAAUGUUAUGCUGUUCUGUAGUGGAGGCAAACUGACUUUUAUUUUGUAUCAUAAUGUAUGUCAAAUGUUUACACCCACCAAUCCCCUGGAUAUUUUAUUUAUUAAAUUAUUUUACACGUUUGAUCUCAUAA